AUGAGCCCUGGCACAGAAGGCGAGGCUGGAGAUGCGGCGGGGUUGACCUACCCGUCUCCUGGAGCAGAAGGAAUGGAAUCGGGCCCGUUCUACCACAGCGCUCGCGAUGGUGCUCCCGAACAACGUGUUCAAGCCGAGCAACAGGAUGUCGAUGAGGUGCAAACGCAGGAGCAUGACCAGGCACAGAUUCUGGGCCAAGAUGAUGCGACAUCUCAGCAUCACGCAUCGAGGCCGGCAAAUCUAGAAGAGCUGCAGUUGGCCGCGCAAUUGGGCCAAGGGCUGGCUGGCACCUCUAUUCUCCCAGCGACCGAUCCGAACAUGACCGUCGAGGACCCCAGCAUGCGCAACAUCAUGCCACACCCAGAUGCCGAGCAGCACCACACACCAUCCUAUGUUCAGGAAGCUCCUCCGACCGACCCGAUGGCCCAACAUCAAAUGCCAGUAACGGCUGGACCUACUCUGCCCCCGCAAUAUGCCAUGGGAGAGGGGAUUCCUCCGCGCAAGAGAUCCAAGGUGUCGCGCGCGUGUGAUGAAUGUAGGAGAAAGAAGAUCAAAUGCGAUGCGCAGUCUGAUUCUGGAGAGACUCCAUGCUCCAGCUGCGCGCGGUCAUCCAUCAGAUGCUUGUUCAGUCGGGUGCCCCAAAAACGGGGCCCCAGUAAAGGCUAUAUCAAGGAACUCGCCGACAGAAUUCACAGCAUCGAAAACAAGUUGGAAUCUGAGGGCAAUCUCAGCCAAGACGACAUUGACAAAUUGUUUGCGACGGAUCGAUCAAGGCAUAGCAGCGGCCCCGAAGAUUCAACACGAAAGCGUCCCUUCUCAGCAGUGUCUCUGGGAGACCAUGCAGCACCAACCACCGUUCGCCAAGCACCCUGGGCAUCUCAGGCGCGUUCGCGUUCGAUCCAAUCGGCAUCCGGUCGAGGAGAAGGCCCCGAUCAAGAGAGCGGUAACAGUUCACUGGCACCGCAACCGACGCCAAUCAAGUCCGAUGAGACCCCGAGAACGCAACGUGCGGAUUCGGCAGAUGUACCCAUGAUGGAUGGGGAAGACGCCACUGCAGUAGAUGAGCAGGCCUUCCAGGACUUCCUCACCGCCGUUCAACCGCUCUACCCAGUGCUCCCGACCGACUUGGCCAGAGUCCAGUCACUGCUCUCACAGGCAAACGGACCGGUCCGAUCCGCAUUCUCCCUGGCGCUUUCUGGCAUUGGGCAGCCAUCGUCUGAGAACACCAAAAUUGCCAGUUCUCUGCUUCAUGAAUGGGAGAGUAGCGACGCCCCCAGCAGCCGAGCCACGGACAUUGUUCAUGCGCAGACGCUGCUGAUGUUGGUUAUUGAUGCAGAUUGGCGGGGAAAGUCGACUCUGCCUUUUCUGCUCUCUCGUGCCAUUGCUCUCGCCAACUUGAUGGAGUUGUGGAAAUCACCACUUGUCGACUCGACAACAGAACACGAUUCGCAUGACCAGCUAUGCGUUCGAAUAUGGUGGUCCUUGGUGCUGAUGGACAGGUGGCAUGCUGCAGGGACCGGACAGCCUACGCAAAUUCCUGACAGGAGUGCGAUCGUUCCGGCGUAUCUGGAGAACGUCAUCGGAGAGGUCCCAUUCCACCUUCUUCGCCUAUCCAAGCUUUUGAACCGAAUCUCGUUCGUCAUUGGAACGCUGCAGACUGGAUCGUAUACUGCCGAGGCCCCCAUGGCUGCCAUCUUGACCGACUACAUCGAGAAUUACCGAGAGGACUUGCCCGCCCAUAUUGACGCAGCAGCGUAUCCCAUGAUUCAUCUUGCUUACUGGCACUGCCGCCUGCUCGUCACCAUGCUCACGCCUGGCGCCACGCCGAAAGAGAUCAUCUGGCCAACAAAGGAGCUGGCCCACCUGCUGUCGGUCACGCCCGAGCUGAAGGGUCCGUUGUCGAUUCAUUUUGUCUCGCUUGCCACCAUGUCGCUGAGCAAGUUGGCCAAAACGGAAGCCACGCGAGAGGAUGCGGUGGACAUGAUCAAAGAAAUCAUAGACAGGCACAGCGGAGGUCAUUGGGAUGGUGUCAAGGACAAGCUUGCGGACGGGCUGAGACCGACGUCAUCCUCUGCGGCCGGAACGGCAGCCAGUCAAGGACUACAGCAUCUUGCAGACCUAGCAACAGCGCAUGAGGGUCUGGCAGCAGGAGAAGAGGUUCCAUUCGGAGCCGCCCUUGCGACCGGAUACCUCCAGGUUGCAUCAUGA